UAUAUCAUCCAUGUUUAUAAACAUAUCAGUAGCUAUGUCAUUUGUCAAUUUAUGUGGACGUGUCAUGUGAUACAAAGGCCACCUGAGUUGUACGAGAUCUGCUUUCGCUAAAUGUCAACAUCUGCGGGUUCGGACCGUGCCUUGGGCUUGACUGCCAUCUUAAGCCGACAGGCUGUGUGGCAGGCCGGGAGUACACGUCAUCCGUGACAGUAACCUUAAAUUCCAUACAAGUGUAUUACGAUGGCCGUACAGCAACGCUGGAAGAUACUACAGACAGCGUGGUUAUUCUGGUCUCUGGUCAUGGUGGGUGUCAGUGACUCUCUCAUUGGUCCGAGUCUUCUAGAGCUCCAGUCUCUACUGCAGGUGGAUCUGCGACAACUCAACUACAUCGUGUUAGCCACCGGACUCGGGGACUUCGUCGGCGCCAUUCUAGCUGGCCUUCUCACCAACACGUGUGCCUGUGACUUGAGACUGGCAGUCUCUGUGUUGCUGGGAACUCUCAGUGUUGCUCUGUCUGCCGUAGUGGCCAACUACUACUAUGUGUUGACAUUAUUCACAUUACAAGGUUUUCUCAGAGGAUUUGUGUACUGUUAUGCAAUUGAAAAAUGCAACGCCCUAUGGACACAAAAUAAAGGUGUUCCUUUUCAAUGUAUAUUGCUGGGAACAACCGCUGGAGGAAUUAUCUCCCCGUUGUUCAUUAAACUAUUUCUUUGUCCACCAUACGACCCCGAGACGGCAAACUUCACCACGUCUAACGUCAGUUACGAAAACGUGAACAUCACUGAUCUGGGCCACGCAGUACCCUACAGUCCGCAUACACAUAGCACAGAGUGGUCAACCUGGUCUGACAACGCCACAUCCUUAUCAACGUCUUCAAGAUGUUUACCCCAAGACGUGAAUCUCACGUACGCGUACUUCAUAUUAGCGGUAUUGGUGCUGCCACCUGCAGUGGCAUUUUUCAUCUACUGGAGCCAAUCCAAGGGAGAAUCCACUGACGAAGCUGCCAGGGUUACACGGGAACAAGUCGCCAAUGAAGAAAACACGCAAACCCUUGUUGUAUUGUUUUCAGUAUUGUUUGUGAUUUUAUAUUUUCCCCUACUUGGCAGUAGCGUCAUGUACUCCACAUAUCUAACAGAGUUUGGUGUUAAAGGACCUCUUCAUCUACAAAAGCCUAAAAUGGUCCUCAUGACGUCAUUGUACUGGGGCUCGUCGCUUCUUGGAAGAAUCAUCAGUAUAUUUUUGACACCGUUUAUUGGCGUAGAGAAACUCAUAUAUUGCUGCAUGAUCCCAUUGCUUAUCAGUGAAACAGUUAUGGUUUUCACAGUACAGUAUUCUGAAAUUAUUUUGUGGAUUUGCACAUGCACAAUCGGACUCUUCAUAUCGCCAUAUGUUGGGGCCGGAUAUGCGUGGUGCGCGAAGCAUGUGAAGUUUGGUCCUCGUUUAAUUUCCGCUUCCGGUGCUUCACUGGGUCUCGGUGCAAUGGCUCUGCCAUUUGUUGGUGGAGUUAUGUUUGAUAUCUUAGGGCCUAUGUCCUAUUUAUACUUGUAUUAUUCAUUGUACAUUUUUGUGGCUCUUUUGUUCUUCAUAAUGGUUAUAUUGACUAAACGAAUGCAAUCUCCCUCAGUUAUAAUCGUGAAUGUGGACAUGUGUCAAGAACGUCUUAGCCCCGAAAGCUAACGUUUUCGUUUGUGAAACUUCUGAACUAGCUAUUCGCUGUUUUCCUUUUCCCUGUCACAAUUCUGAACCCUUCUCAUUUGACACGGUUACUUGUUUAGUUGGUUGUUGGUUGUUGUUUAACGCCGCAAUCAGCAAUAUUCCAGCAAUAUGACAGCGGUCUGUAAAUUAUCGUGUCUGGACUGACAAUCCAGUGAUUGACAUAAUGAGCAUCGAUCUACGCA